AUGGAGGACUUCAAGCUUUUUACAUCCCUUCGAUAUGACCCGGCCCUGAUCGAAGCCCCGAGUCAGGGGUACGUCACCACUCGCUGGAAUCAGACACCUUCUCCCUUCUAUAUGCUCGACUUCCAUAGGGAUCGCAUGCUUAGGGCUGCUGAUCAUUGGGGCUGGACGGCUGCUUCCCAGACCCUUGCUGGCGAGGAAGGCUUGAGCAGACUCGAGACUUUGCUGCAUGAGAAGACUGCACCACUUGGCAAGGGGCCACAUCGAGUCAAGAUUCUGCUCGCUCAAGAUGGAUGUUUUUCUGUCGAGGUGCAUCCAACUCCAUCAGUACCUUUGAGAAAUCUGCUGCCAGCGUGCCUGCCAGAACCAGCGGGCGAGGGGACAGCUCAAGCAGAACGGGACAAGGUUCCGGUUAGAGACUUCAAGUUCAACGUCUUCGUUGACAAGCAGGGUACGCCGAGCUCAGAGUUCACUCACUUCAAAACCACCCAUCGGAUCAUGUACGACGAAGCAAGAAGCCGAUAUGGCCUCAGUCUAGCCGAUCCGAAAGAGGUCCUGCUUGUCAAUAGCGAAGAUGGAUCUAUCAUGGAGGGCAGCAUAUCGACACCUUAUUUCUGGAGGAACGGACGCUGGGUCACUCCGCCCGUCUCUAGGGGGUUCAGUGCCACGCACUGUAGUGGUGGGAAUGAUGGUACGACCAGGAGGUGGGCUCUGGAGAGGUAUCGUAUUUUCUCGCAACAUUAA